AUGCCCAUCCCAUUGGAACCGAAACAUCCCUUAGAGCCUGUGACAGUCGCUAUCAUCGGAUGCGGGCAGCGAGGCAAUAGUUACGCUGCCUAUGCUAUCACAGAGCCCACCAAAUGCAAGGUCGUUGCCAUAGCCGAGCCUCGUCCGAAGACGAGAGCGUUGAUGCAAGAUGCACAUCGUAUUGACCGAAGCCUUGUCUUCAACUCGUGGACAGAGUUCUAUGAAGCAUCGGCAGAAACCAUCAGGACCAUCGGAAAGCGACUUGCCGAUGCUGUUGUCAUCGCUGUCCAAGAUCAUAUGCACGCCGAGCUCGUCGAAGCAUUUGCAUCUCAAGGCUAUCAUGUUCUUUGCGAGAAGCCUAUGGCCACCAGCAUAAGCGACUGCCUCCGAAUUGAAACCUCAAUUAAGAAAGCGGGUGUCAUUUUUGGCAUGGGACACGUCCUUCGGUACUCGCCCUACAAUCAAGCAAUAACAGAAAUAGUUCGUUCUGGAAAGCUAGGCGAGCUCGUCAACGUUGUUCAUGUCGAACCAGUCGGCCACUAUCAUUUCGCUCACUCAUAUGUCCGUGGCAACUGGGCGCUCGAACAAGAAAGUUCGUUUUCCUUGAUGACAAAAAGUUGUCAUGACAUCGACAUCCUCUGUAGCUGGUUGUCACCUGCCGCACCGACUCGUGUAUCUUCAUUUGGAGGCCUGCAGCAUUUCCGCAAAUCUGCAAAACCGACGGAAGCUGGCCGUGCUUUACGUUGCCUAGAUUGUCCAGCUGAGCGACAGUGCCCCUAUAGCGCCAAGAGGAUCUACCUAGAUAAGGUUGUAACUGGAGAUGCGGGAUGGCCAUCCAGUACCAUCGUCGACGGUAUUCCAGAUAUUGAGAACAUCACUGAGGUUCUUCGUCUUGGCCCGUAUGGCAAAUGCGUGUACGAAAGUGAUAAUGACGUCUGUGAUAACCAGGUUGUCAACAUCCAGUAUUCCUCGGGAGCGACGGCAUCAUUCACAAUGGUCGCAUUCACGUCCCUCAUUUGCGACCGCCAAACUCGUUUGCAUUUUACUCACGGCGAGAUCGUCGGUGACAUGAAGACCUUCACCGUCAAUAACUUCCGCACGGGCCAGUCUGUCUUGCACAAGCCUAAGGACGAAGGGGGCGGACAUGGUGGUGGGGACCUUGGCCUGAUCAGGACCUUUGUCGAGGCUGUGAGGACGGGACGGCAGGAGCUGCUUGGAACAGACGUGACAGAGGUCUUGAAGAGCCAUAUGACUGUAUUUGCUGCGGAGCACAGUCGGAAGCAAGGCGUGGUGGUAGAUUGUGAAGAGUUUCAUAGGUCGGCCAGGCAGACUUACAACUUGUGA